CCAGCCCCCCUGUUUCCAGAGCAGGAAGCCUCCGUGUCCGUCCAGUCUGUGCAGGAGCAUCUGAGGCGCGUAAGAGAGGUCUGGAGGACGGCACGAGCAGUGCUCUCACGCACGGCUGAGCGCAACAAACGACUGGCUGACGCUCACCGUAACCCCGCCCCUGAAUAUCGCCCGGGUCAGAAAGUCUGGCUCUCCUCCAAGGAUUUACCCCUCGAGACUGAAUCCCGGAAAUUAACUCCUCGCUUCGUGGGCCCCUUCGAAAUCACCAAGGUCAUCAACCCCUCCGCCGUCCAGCUCAAGCUCCCUGAGGCUAUGAAGAUCCACCCCACAUUUCACGUGUCCCUGCUGAAACCAGUCGCGUCCAGUGAUCUGAGCCCUCCAGCCGUCACCCCUCCGCCCCCCCGAAUCAUCGACAAUCAUCCGGCUUUCACCGUGUCUAAGAUCCUGGACGUGCGACCACGGGGUCGCGGAUACCAGUUUCUGGUGGACUGGGAGGGGUACGGUCCAGAAGAGAGGUCAUGGAUCUCCAGGAGCCUGAUCCUGGACCACAGCCUCCUAGAUGACUUUUACAGGGAGCAUCCGGACAAGCCCGGCAGGACGCCAGGAGGCGUCCAUUGA